AUGAGAGCGAGCACUAGUACAUCCUACACGGGUAUCCUAGGAUAUACAGGAGGUCCUCAAUGCGUUUGGGCUGCAAAUACAUGCGUUAUUUCUUACUCUCCAAAGGUAUCGGGUGAAGUGUCGGGUUUAGUAGUUAGCCCUUAUCUUCCCCGGAGCAUCGGGUGA